AGCGCGAGUGGAGAAACAGAAACAUAUGAGCUUAACACCGUAAUACUCUUAUCAUAGAAAUAGAAGCAGUCCUCAAUUCCCGCCCGCUAACUCCUAUCUCCACCGAUCCAAAUGAUCUCCUAGCCCUCACUCCCGGACAUUUCCUCAUUGGCGAUUCAUUAAUGUGCUUACGUGAUCGAGAUUUCAGAGACAUUCCAUCGAACCGACUCUCCAAAUGGCAGCAUAUCCAACAGCUUAAACAACAUUUUGGAACCGCUGGCAUAAGGAGUAUUUGAACGAGCUAACCAACCGCAAUAAAUGGAGCAAGGGUGGACACAGCAUCCAAAAGGGCACAAUCGUCAUCCUCAGAGAGGACAACGUUCCCUCCAUGCAUUGGCUUCUGGGCCGAGUUAUCAAGGUUCAUCCAGGCGCCGAUGGUGUCAUCCGGACAGCUACAGUUCAGACGGCAAAGAGCAUUUUGGAUCGGGGCGUCAAAAGGCUUGUCCCACUGCCAAUUCAACCCGAUCUCGAGAAACCCGAACAACUAGCCAUCGAGACGAAAUAAGAUGGGAACCUCAACCACACCUCGCUAGUUUGAUCGGUACCCUCUCAACGGGGGGAGAAUGUUACGCCAUGCGGCUUACCAUAGGUCAUAUUCUUAACUAUCGAUCGCGGCACUAUAAUGUCGCAGACGGAUCGUCGCGUCUGCCCGGCAAACAAACAUUGUAGUGGCAAGCGCAUGGUUCAUUAAGCAGGGCGACUUCCAGAAACGUCGACUCGUGGCCCGUAUUUUACCUCGCUGUAAAAGAAUGUGGCGUGAUCCGAACGUAGUGGGGGUCGCCUUCCAGAAAAAACGAAAAAAAAUCGAAAGGCGUUCAGAACUUUUCGAGAAGUCGAACCGUCAACACAUGUGAGUAUUUGUACGUAUGUACUUAUCGUCUGCUGUAUGAUCGAAUAUCGAAUAGGCGCUUGGCCAUGGAUCGCUGCAUUAGGUUUUCGUAAUCCCCGAAACCCAGACAAACCACUAUGGAAGUGCGGAGGUUCCCUGAUAUCGGCUAGGCAUGUUUUGACCGCAGCACAUUGUGCACAUAUGGAUGGAAUAGAAAACAUACACAAUCAUAAUAUUGUCAUUCUUAGAUUGGUGGAGGAGGUGCCAUUUUCGAGGUACGUAUAUCCCAUUUGUACGAAAGAGCCCCUACGAAAGAGCAACUUCGUCGGCUAUAACCCCCUUGUUGCUGGAUGGGGAGCAUUAAGAUAUAGACGACCACGACGUAAUGCAUUAAUGGAAGUACAAAUGCCAGUGAUUAAGAACGCCGAAUGCAAAAUAGCUUAUUCCAAAUUUCCUAAUGCACCUGAUAUCACUGAUGGUAUAAUAUGCGCCGAACAUGCUCAGGGUGGAGAGGAUUCUUGUACGGUAAUUAAGUUACAGAGUUACUACAAACUAUACGGUAUCUGAAGACACGUCGAUUCGAAUUAACAUCAAAUCGACGUCUUAAACAUUAAAAAUAAUAGAUAAACACAAUUUAAUAGUUUUGCCCACUUCUCACACCUCGUUAUGGUAUUUAAUCUAAUUUCCUUCUAAUCUUAGUUUUGCUCAAAAUACAUAUAACAUGUACGUUAUAAAUUGGAGUAUUUCAAUACACAAAUCAAUAGAAGAUUAUUACUGUAUAUAAGUAUAAUUUCAAUACAAUUCGAUCGAUAUAUUUCAGUGUCUUUGAUUAAAAAUUUAACGAUCCUUUCAGGCUGACCGCGGCGGACCACUGCUGAUACAACAUGAAUUAACCUCGUAUUUAAUAGGUAUUGUGUCUUAUGCUUAUAAGUGCGGCACAGCUGGGUAUCCCAGCGUUUACACUAGGGUCACAUCGUACCUUGACUUCAUUCUCCAAGCGAUGCAAUAAUAUGAUAUUACUGUUCCAUAAAUAUCAUUGUGUAAAAAACGUAAAGUUGGAUUUUCUUAUUGUGGAGAUAAGAAACAGCUCAAAUUUACAUUGUUUUGUACGUUACAAAUUAUAGGCUUAAAAUGUACGAAAUGUAACUUUGAAACGACACUAAUUUUUUACGCACGAUAAACCUC